AUGGCGUUCAACUUCAACUGGUCGCCGCUUAUGGCGGACGCGAGUUUCUACACUCGUGCUCAAGACCUUCUGACUGCUGCUCUCAACAAAUCGCCUAAGCCGCCGAUUAUCGUCGAUGAUAUUAUCGUGACCGAGUUAAACCUAGGCUCGAUCCCUCCCGAGUUAGAGAUUCUCGAGAUCGGCGAUCUGGCGGAGGAUCGGUUCCGAGGGAUCUUCAAAAUGUCAUACACCGGAGAUGCCUUUUUAACGUUAAAGACGAGAGUCCAGGCGAAUCCCCUAAAUACAUAUCUCAUAACACGCCCGUCGUUCACGUCGCCACUACCGUUGGCUGCAGCGACUCCCCUUACUAUUCCCUUACAUAUAACUCUCUCCGAUUUCAAACUUUCCGGUUUUGUUAUAUUAGUCUUCUCCGAGCAGAAAGGAAUCACGGUCGUCUUCCGAAAUGACCCGCUCGAGUCACUUAAGGUCUCCUCCACGUUCGAUUCGAUCGCAUUCGUCCGUGACUUCUUACAAGGAGAAAUCGAGGCUCAACUCCGUAUACUAUUUAUAGAUGAGCUACCAGCUAUUAUCCAUCGCCUAUCGCUACAGCUAUGCGAUCCAGAAUAUCGGGUAGAGGAGAUACAGAACCAGAUGAACACAACCCCCACUCCCACUAAAGGUCCCGGACAUGACCCUCUUGUGACUCCGCCGCAGGAUCCCGUGGAUUCAUUAGGAAAUGUGUUAGAUGAGUCGGAUAUUGCAUCGUUAUCGUUAGACUCAGCCGCCGAAACCCACUCGCUGUUCUCCCAGAAGAACCUCCUCAGUCUAGCAACCCUGACGAAUUCCCAGCGCACACUCUCACUCUUCACCCCGUCGAUUCAACACGUUGUAUACCGUGCAUGGACCUCUUGCGAUCAGAACGAUUCGUCUGCCAGCGUUAUAUCGCCAAUAAGCCCCGCUCUUUCGAGAACUCAGUCACAGACCGGCGGCAUAUCUACUUUCAUAGACAACGCGAGUACAAGCUCAGCCCAGAGCAGGACGCCCACCGGACCCACUCAGUCGUUUAGCAGCAAUGGUUUAAGCUUAGGAGCCGGUCGCCAUUCCAAAGCACAUACUAGAAGGCGAAAGAAGCGUGUGGUGGAUCUCCGCAGUCGCCCAACGACACCCAGCGACUCUGCUAGCGUGAGCGUGAGCGAUGAAGCCACCUAUACGGAGAGCGCUAGUGCUCCUUCAGUCAUUUCCGCUCCGCUGCCGGCCGUCCAUGAACAGCCCGACGACCCAGUUACCCCGCCAUUAUCGCCUGAGAGUGACCAGCGCCUCCCCGCUAUCCCCGAGACUAUCCCCGAGAAACGUCGUAUAAGCCUCUCGCGCUCUCUGCCUCGCCACGAUCUUUCCGGUGAAAUCCUCUGUGAUCGACCUGAACCUUCUAAUCCUCGAAACCCCUUAAAGACUGACGAUGUGAAUGUGACUGUUGGAAGUGUCCGCCCUACACCUCACCAGGAAGUCGGUCCGCCUUCGGGCCCUACACGACAGCUUUCCACGGCAGGCCUUCCAUUUCCGCACGAUAGCCUGACCGGUAACAUUGUGGACCAAGCCUUCGUCGAAACACUGGCGGGUGAAGUUGCGCGCCGUAUGCGUGACGAGAAACUGAUGGCACCAAAUUCCUGUGGUUCUUUUUGGGGCCACGGCUUACCGGAAGAAACACCACCACCGGCUUAUGACCACUGA